UCAAUCAGUGAAAAAGGUGUGCUUGAAAAAGUACGAAAUGACUGCCUAAAAAAACUGGGUGAACAGAUGAGCAAUAAGCAAGAUAUAUUUCUGAUAAGCAGCAAGGAUACUACAAAAGGGGAAUUCGAUAAGCUCGCACAAGCCAUUCUAGAUGUUUUGCCAACUGAAGACAAGCGCGAGUGUUUGACCUUGUCUCUUGGCAUUCUAAAGCACUUGUCAACUGAAACGUUAGAGAGAAAAGUCAAAGUCCUCGAAGGACGAAUAUGCCUGGUUGCCGGAGCUUCUGCUGUUGUCGCCAUGGUUCCGAUUCCUGGUGUUUCUGCAGCAGCUGAUCUCGGUCUGAUUCUCAAAGAACUGGAUUUUUACAGAUCUCAGCUUGGUCUGCCUGACGAAAGUUCAGACACAUUUAAGAUGCUGACCGAGGCUACGAAAGUCAAAGUUAAAAUGGGCUUGUCACUUCUGGAAAUAGCCUCAAAAGGCGCCGGAUGGUUGGCAGCCUAUGCCACGGAGACGGCCGCCGAGGAAGGGGUUCGUCUUUUUCUCCCCUUGUUAGGUUCAGUAGUUGCCAGCGCCUUGUCAUUCGGCACUACAUAUCUGGCUCUGAAGGACUGCUUGAAAACAAUGAAAGAGGCAGCAUUCGCAGUCCUUAACGAAGUUGCCUUAAAAUCA